GCCUCGGCGGCUCGCAGCCAGGCGGCCCGGAGCAGCACGGGCGCUGGGAUCUCGCCUGCCUCGCUCGGUUCGCUCGCCUGCUUGGCGGGAUGGCUGGCUACCUGCGGGUCGUACGCUCGCUCUGCAGAGUCUCCAGCUCCGGCGGGCCGGCCUGGGCGCCGGCAGCCCCGACGGGCCCCAACUUGCAGGAGCAGCCGCGGCGCCACUAUGCCGACAAGAGGAUCAAGGUGGCGAAGCCGGUGGUGGAGAUGGACGGCGAUGAGAUGACCCGGAUCAUCUGGCAGUUCAUCAAGGAGAAGCUCAUCCUACCCCACGUGGACGUCCAGCUCAAGUACUUCGACCUGGGGCUCCCACACCGUGACCAGACCAAUGACCAGGUCACCAUAGACUCUGCGUUGGCCACCCAGAAGUACAGUGUGGCCGUCAAGUGUGCCACCAUCACCCCUGAUGAGGCCCGUGUGGAAGAGUUCAAGCUGAAGAAGAUGUGGAAGAGUCCCAACGGGACCAUCCGAAACAUCCUCGGGGGGACCGUCUUCCGGGAACCCAUCAUCUGCAAAAACAUCCCCCGCCUCGUCCCCGGCUGGACCAAGCCCAUCACCAUUGGCAGGCACGCCCACGGCGACCAGUACAAGGCCACGGACUUUGUGGUGGACCGGGCCGGCACGUUCAAGAUCGUCUUCUCCCCGAAGGACGGCAGUGGCGCGAAGGAGUGGGAGGUGUACAACUUCCCCGCCGGCGGCGUGGGGAUGGGCAUGUACAAUACGGACGAGUCCAUCUCGGGUUUUGCACACAGCUGCUUCCAGUAUGCCAUCCAGAAGAAGUGGCCGCUGUACAUGAGCACCAAGAACACCAUCCUGAAAGCCUACGACGGGCGCUUCAAGGACAUCUUCCAGGAGAUCUUUGAGAAGCACUAUAAGACCGACUUUGACAAGAAUAAGAUCUGGUAUGAGCACCGGCUUAUUGACGACAUGGUGGCUCAGGUCCUCAAGUCUUCCGGCGGCUUCGUGUGGGCCUGCAAGAACUACGACGGAGAUGUGCAGUCGGAUAUCCUGGCGCAGGGCUUUGGCUCCCUUGGCCUGAUGACGUCUGUGCUGGUCUGCCCGGAUGGGAAGACCAUCGAGGCUGAGGCUGCUCAUGGAACGGUCACCCGCCAUUAUCGGGAGCACCAGAAGGGCCGGCCCACCAGCACGAACCCCAUUGCCAGCAUCUUUGCCUGGACACGUGGCCUGGAGCACCGGGGGAAGCUGGACGGGAACCAGGACCUCAUCAGGUUUGCACAGACCCUGGAGAAAGUGUGUGUCCAGACUGUGGAGAGCGGAGCCAUGACCAAGGACCUGGCAGGCUGCAUCCAUGGCCUCAGCAAUGUGAAGCUGAACGAGCACUUCCUGAACACGUCGGACUUCCUGGACACCAUCAAGAACAACCUGGACAAGGCCCUGGGCCAGUAGGGGGGCAGGAGCGCGGCCCGGUGGCUGUGGCGGGCGGGCCGGGCCGAGCAAGCCGCGGGCCGCAGGGGAGCCCCUCCUCAGGCCUUUCUAGGGGACGUUUUUUAUAUGAGCAAGAUGUUUUUAAAAGUAUCUGUGUUUCCCCUCAUGGUGAUGUGAGGCAGGAACAGCGUUUUACCUCAGCCAGUCAGUGUGUUUUGCAUACUGUAAUUUAUAUUGCCCUUGGAACACAUGGUGCCAUAUUUAGCUACUAAAAAGUUCUUCACAAAACCGUCUGCUGUGUUUGUGCCCCAGGGAAGGAGGCUGCGCAGCUAGGGCCCCAGAGAGAGAGGGCCUCAAGGACUGGCGGAUUCUCCCCGGGACAGACUGGGACGCCGCAGGCCUGGGUCCCCGGCCGCCAUCAGUCAGGGCCCACCGUGAGGGGAGGGGAGUGGGCAGCACUGGGAGCGUCCGAACUGCACGGGAGCCGCCUGACGGGCACCGGGACUCCCGGUGUGCGGGCCUGUGGGCUCCCUGAGAUUACCUAGCACAAUCCCGUUCCUAUAUCCUCCUGUCCAUUUCAGGGUUGCUAUCA